UCACUCCACUCACACUCUCCACUCUCUCUUUCUCACUCUGUUUUACCUGCUCGUGCUAAUCUUCACCAUGUGCGCACUACGCCCCCUCGUCGCCUUCCUUCUCCCCCUCGUCCUGUGCUCCGCCGCCGUCUCCGCCCACAACAUCACCGAGAUACUCGAGGGCUUCCCCGAGUACUCGCUCUUCAACUCCUACCUCACCCAGACCAAGCUGGCCGACGAGAUCAACAGCCGCCAGACCAUCACCGUCCUCGCCCUCGACAACGGCGCCAUGUCCGCCCUCGCCGCCAAGAAGACCCUCUCCGUCAUCAAGAACGAGCUCGCCAUCCACGUCGUCCUCGACUACUUCGACCCCCAGAAGCUCCACCAGAUCCCCAAGGGAUCCACCCUCUCCACCACUCUGUACCAGACCACCGGGAAUGCGCCUGGGAACACCGGGUUCGUCAACAUCACCGACCUCCAGGGGGGGAAGGUUGGCUUCGGCGCCGCCGCCCCCGGCUCGAAGCUCGACUCGUCGUACACCAAGUCGGUGAAGCAAAUCCCCUACAACAUCUCCGUCCUCCAGAUCAGCGCGCCGAUCAUGGUCCCGGCGAUCCUUGCCGCCCCGGCGCCGUCGGCCUCGGACGCGAACGUGACGGCGCUGCUCGAGAAGGCCGGGUGCAAGACGUUCGCGAGCCUCCUCCUCUCGAGCGGCGUCAUCAAGACGUACCAGUCGGCGAUGGCGAAGGGCCUGACGGUGUUUGCGCCCAACGACGAGUCUUUCAAGGCCAAGGGCGUGCCCGACCUGAGCAAGCUCACCAAUGCCGAGCUCGUGUCGCUCCUGCUGUACCACGCGGUGGCGGACUACACCCCGAUCGGCUCCCUGAAAACGAGCAACGCCCCGAUCAGCACCCUCGCCACGAACGGCGCCGGCAAGUACGACUUCACCGUGAAGACUGCCGGCGACUCCGUCACGCUCGACACUGGGGUAGACUCCUCGCGGGUGGCCAGCACGGUGCUCGACUCCACGCCCGUCGCGAUCUUCACCGUUGACAGCGUCCUCCUCCCCGCCGAGCUGUUCGGCAACUCCACCCCCGCACCGGCGCCGGAGCCAGUGACCGCGCCUUCCCCGGCGCCGGUCAGUCCGGCUCCAGGCCCGGCGGUAGAGGCCCCGUCGCCCCUGGUGGCCUCGCCACCUGCUCCGCCGACGGAGACACCGGAGGGGGCUCCGGCGGCGGGCCCGGCGGAUGCGUCUGCGAACAGCAAGUCGGCUAACGCUGCCGGCGACUCGAAGGCACCUGCAUUGCUGGCGGCUUUGGUCGCCGUCUCUGCCACCGUGGUUUCUUCUCUCCUCAUGUCCUGAGCGGUAAUUUCACGUCGAUUUUUUUUUUGGUUUCCUCUUUUUAUUUUUAAUUUUGCCAUUUCUCGGUUUCUGCAUCAUCCAUCCGUUGUAUCUUGUUCCUUCUUUUUGCUGAGAGAUUCGAUUUUAUUUAUUUAAUUUUUCGUGAUUUUUUUUUUU